CAUGCGCACGCCAUGGCGUUUCCAUGCGGCCGACGAGGUGGCGGCUGGGCAUCUCUGUCGUGCCUCGCCACUAGCUGCGUCGCGUGCUUCUUCCUCUGCGUCGUCGUCUGCCGCGGGGAGCCGCAGCCGCAGGAUCAGCUUCCGGUCAAGAGCUACGCGUACGCUUCGUUCCAACCGAACAACUCGUUGUCCACCUUGCGCCUGCUCAAGGACGCCGGCAUCAACGGCGGCGCGCUCCAGCUCACGCGGGAUGGGUUCCGGGCUCACAGGUCUGGAUCCGUGCUCCUGUACGAGGCUUUUACUCUCUGGCGUAGCCUCGAGGACGAGAGCUCUGGCCCAUCCUCGGAUCCUGCUGCGGCGACGGCGGCUUCCGGCCGCAACGGCACCGGGCAGGAUCAGCGCGUCCGUGUCGUGUCGUUCAACAGCACCUUCUCCAUGAGUUUCGCCUAUUGCGACAGAGCGCUCCCCGGCGAGGGACUCGCCUUCCUCAUCGCGCCCUCGUCCGCCGGUCCGCCUCCCGGCAGCCACGACGGCUUCCUCGGUCUCACCAACGCGACAUUCGAGGCCAGCCCGGCGAGGAACCAGUUCGUAGCGGUGGAGUUCGACAUGGUCAAGCAGAGCUACGACCCCAGCGACAACCACGUCGGCCUCGACAUCGGCACCGUGGUGUCUAACAAGACGGCGAACCUUGCCGACUUCAACAUCACGAUAGUAACGGACGACAUGGUGUCCGCCACCAACUACACCGUCUGGAUCGAGUACGACGGCGUAGCCCGGCAUAUAUGGGUGUACAUGGACGUCAGGGGCAAGCAGAAGCCGGCCUCUCCCGUCCUGGACGCGCCAUUGGACCUCAGCAAGCACGUCCCCGGGCAGUCCUACGUCGGCUUCUCGGGGUCCACCGGCGCCACCGUCGGGCUCAACAGCAUCCUGGACUGGACGCUGACGGUGGAGACCUUCCCGGAGAAGAAGAACGGCGAGCUUAUUUUCUGGAUAUUCUACGCUGUCUUCUGGUUGCUCAUGAUCAUCUUCAUGGCUACCCAGUGCACCAAAUGUAUUCGGCAGCUCCAGGAGGAAGAAGUGAGGCACGAACGGAGGCAGGAGUGGCUGAGGCACACGCUUAGCAAUCUCCCUGGGAUGCCGACGGAGUUCCAGUACGAGGAGCUGGAAAAGGCGACUGAGAAGUUCAACGAGGAGCAGUCGCAGAGGUGGACUGGGGGCUAUGCACCUGGCACGGUGGUGUACAAGGGGCUCCUCUCCACCAAGGACGGCUGGUCGGAGGCAAUGGAGGUCGCCGUGAAGAGCUACAACUUUGGUCGUCUUGACGAGGAGUUCCACUACUUUGGUAACGAGAUCAAAACUAACAACCUUCUGCGGCACCAGAAUAUCGUCCCCAUCAUUGGCUGGUGCUACAAGUACGUUCCACGAGGUACUUGGACGUCACUGUACCAGGUGUUCAAGUACGAGCACCUGUCCAACGGCAGCCUGGAGCAGCACCUGUUCCGCCGCGACGCGCAUGUGGAGCGGCCGGCGCUCAGCUGGGGGGUCCGCUACGGCAUCGUCACCGACGUCGCCUUGGCGCUCCACUACAUGCACCACGAGCACAGCAGCCUGGUGCUCCACCGUGACAUCAAGCCGAGCAACGUCAUGCUCGACGCGUUCUUCCGCGCGCGGCUCAGUGAAUUCGGCAUGGCGCGCGUCGUCGAGCCCAACCGGAGCUCCUUCGCCGACGGCGCCGUAGCCGGCACGCGCGGGUACAUCGCGCCCGAGUACUCUGCUGGCCGCGAGGCCACGCGCCGGACGGACGUCUUCGCCUUCGGCACCUUGAUGCUCGAGGUCGUCACCGGCCGCCACGCGCUGCUCAAUGACGACCCGGCCUGUCCUCUGCUGUCGGACUGGGUGUGGCGGCUGCACGGCCGGAGCACGCUGCUCGGGGCGGUGGAACAGAGCCUCGGCAUAGCGGAGUUUGACGAAUACGAGGCCAGGCGGCUUCUGCUCCUCGGCAUGGCAUGCAGCAGCCCUAACCCCUGUGCGCGGCCCACCAUGCCGCAGGUGCUGCAGAUCUUGUCAAAGUCGGCGCCACCGCCAGAGGUGCCACUGCUCAAGCCAACCUUCAUGUGGCCACCCGAGGAGGACACGACCAAUGACACUUUCGACGAAAGCUUCCGCAUCCUGGCGCCGGCAAACAACAGCCAGGAUUUCUUCCCCCUGCUAUCCUCUGGCCGGUGAUAAAGCUUUUGAGUACUCGUUAUUUAUAAAUAUAGGA